ACAAAGCAAUCCAGAAACUGUUUUGAACGUUUGUUUAUGAGAAUCAGUCAGAAAUCAGAAUUAUUUGGUUUUUAAAAGGAUAUAGAUCAUACUUUUAAAGUUCUUAAUCAAUUGAACAUACAACAAAAUUACUAGCCUUUCAUCAUUUUUUGCGAAGGAGCAACUAUCGUAAUGGAUAUGAAAGAUUGUAAAUACGGGUCAACGUGUUUUCGGCGAAAUAAACAUCAUUUCCUUGAGUUUUCUCACCCAAUUAUUGAAAAAAUAGCAUUACAAAUAAACAAUGGAGAAAUCGAAGCUGUAAUGUCUCAAGAAUUAAAACCAAACCUUCUGGAGCAAGCACAACUUGUCGCUGUGCUCAUGGAAAGUGGGGAAUUAAUUCUUGAUGACAGAAGGAAGAUGGAAAUCUCUGGUGAAAAAACUGGAGUGAAGCGUAAUGCCUCUGCAAUGGCACAAAGUGACAAUGAGGCAGAGAUAGAAGAAAAUAGCAGCCAACAGAAAGAAAAAAGAAUCAAAGCAACAGCUAUUGAUGAAAAUAUUCCUUCCCACGCUAAGAUGACAGAUGAUGUUGGUUCCUCAACCAAAAUGGUUGUCAAUGAAAAACUUAACCCUUUACAAAAGAUUGAAGCUUCUGCUCCUGUUUGCUAUUUCCUUAGCUCUAUAGAAAAUGUACCUGAAACUUGGGACCAGUCUCUUACCUUAACAUUUAGUGAUUUGCUCCAUCCUUCACUUGGUGUGUUGCAAGAAUCAGUACAAUUUAACUUCAUGGUGGAGCUUGGUUGGCUACUUGCUCAGUAUUGUCAGCAUAAAGUCCAAAGGAAGCCAAUGCUCGUGAUUUACGGAACUGAAUCCGAAGAGCUAGCUGCCGCUCAAAGUCGAGUGCCAACGCUUCACACGAUCAGAGUCAAACCUAAAUAUCCAUUUGGUAGCCACCACACGAAAAUGUCCAUGAUGUCCUACGAAGACGGAAAUUUGCGAAUCGUUGUUCAUACGGGUAACCUUAUUGAAUCUGAUUGGGAAGACCGUACACAAGGCCUUUGGAUUAGUCCGUCUUGUCCACCUUUGUCAUCAAAAGACAACGAGAAGAUCGGAGAUGGUGAUUCUAUAACUGGUUUCAAAAGGGAUCUUGUUCGUUAUUUAGAAUCCUAUUCACUUUCCGCUUUGAAGCCUUGGAUAGAAAAAAUUCGCCAGGCUGACAUGUCUAGUAUUAAAGUUUGUUUUAUCCCAUCUUCGCCGGGAUCUCAUGCCAUUCAAUCAGAAGCCAAUGAAAAAGUGCCGAAAUGGGGACAUCUUCACUUGUCUUGGCUAUUGCAACAGCAUGCUUCGUCUGAGGCAAAUGAGACCAUUAUCAUGCAAUGUUCUUCGAUUGGUUCGCUCGGUCCAUCACCCAGCAGCUGGCUUGCAGGCGAGUUAGGUGUAUCCAUGGCUGCUGCUUCCGGUGUCACCAAACUCGGCCAGAAAAAUGUCCAAGUAGUUUACCCGUGCUUCGAAGAUGUCAAAUCCAGUAUUCACGGGUUACUUGGUGGAGGCUGUUUACCAUACUCACAUCAAGGCCACAACAAACAAACAUGGUUCACAGGAUUCCUCCAUAAAUGGCGUAGUGACAGCAGACUCCGAACAACGGCAAUGCCUCACAUUAAAUCUUAUGCUCGUGUCAGCAGUGAUAUGAGCAGAGCUUCUUUUUUCGUACUUACCAGUGCGAACGUUUCAAAAGCCGCUUGGGGGAUGAGGACCAGCAAGGAUUCCAAAUUGAUGAUUCAAUCGUUUGAAGCUGGUGUCCUGUUCUUACCCAAAUUUCUUUUUGGUGAAACGACUUUCUUCGAACUCGGGAAGCAACUCUGUCUUCCAUACGAUUUACCGUUGACGAAAUAUGGUGUGGGUGACGAACCUUGGUUCAUUGAUAACCUGCGCUAAAAUUCGUCGUUUACUACAAUAAACCUUUUUUUUACUGUGAUAAAAAUACAAUGAUCGAAAAUUUUAAAAUUGCAACAAGUUGUUCAAAAAAAUAAACUUUGAUUGAAACAUGGAAAGAUGGGAUGUGUAUUCAUUGCUUGUUUUUUAUCGUUUUUUCAAAAUGAUGUUUUGGGACGUGGAAGUACGAAACAGAACGCCACAUGAAAAUGUUGGAGAAAAUGUUAGAUAUUAUAACCAGCUUCCUUGGUGAACAUAUUCGAGAGGAGAUGGGGAUUCCGAUGUAAAAAGAACUCAGUUUAAGAGAUGAUCUUGUUUCACGCCUUUCAAUCCAAUCGAUAAUGAAUGUACCAAAACAAACAGGUGUGAGAAGGGGAAAAGAGAAACCCCUUAACGAAAAUGGGUGAUGUUCACUUCGAUUUGACGGAAUGAAACGGCUGCUAUUGCAAGAACUUUUCAAAAUAUAAGGGUAGGUAAGGGAGUAGUAGGAGCUGCGAGCGAUUUUCUGUUGUGUGUCUUGUCUUCCUCGAUAUGUACACCAGUCAGCAGUUUUGGGGAGGAAGGAAUGAGGAUGAUACGAUGAAGAUGAAAAUAAAACAAACAUGAAGAUACUCUGGCGAACACAUGUCUAACUGGAGUAAAAAAAAAAAAUACGAGGGGGAUUGAAAAGGAGCCGGGAGAUUGAGGGAGGAAAAAACAGAGGUAAG